GCGAUGUCCCCACGGCGACGUGGUCAGCUGUCGCCGGGGUUCCUCGUACUGGUCACCUGCCGAUGACCUGUGUGUGUGUUUACCUGCGCUUACCUGUGUCUUUCUGUCCGUCCGGCAGCACACGCUGACGGGUCACAGCGGGAAAGUCCUGUCCGCUCGCUUCCUGUUGGACAACGCUCGCAUCGUGUCUGGGAGCUACGACCGCACACUCAAGCUGUGGGACCUUCGCAGCAAAGUCUGUAUGAAGACGGUGUUCGCCGGCUCCAGCUGCAACGACAUCGUGUGCACCGAGCAGUGCGUCAUGAGCGGACAUUUUGACAAGAAGGUUCGCUUCUGGGACAUCAGGGCGGAGAGCAUCGUGCGGGAGCUGGAGCUGUUCGGCAGAGUGACGUCGCUGGAUCUGAACCACGAUCGCACCGAGCUGCUCACCUGCUCCAGAGACGACCUGGUGAAGAUCGUCGACCUGCGCACCAACGCCGUGAAGCAGACGCUCAGGUGAGGCGGGCCCAGUGCAACGCAAAGCGGUCGAAGUUUAGAGGCAGCAGAAACAUGGCGAGUCCAUCUCGUUGGCAGGCGGUCAGUAGAGCUGAUGAUGUGAGGAAAGAUCACCUCAUAUUUAAAUAACCUCCAAGAACAAGAAGAAGAAUCUUUGUUGUCACGGGAACAGUGAAAGUUUCCCCAUGUGUGUGAAAUAUUAUCACACAUGACACAGAGAAAAUUACACUAGAAAGACGAGUUAUACAUGCAUGUGAGGAGCAGGAGCAUCAGUGAUGCUGCACAUUGAGUCGCUGCUGUUGCUACUGAAUACAGUUUAAAGAGGAAUGCUGGUUGCAUUAUCGUAUAACCAAAAACACGGUUUAUAAAUCAAGUGUAAAACAUGAUUUCCAGCCUAAACUCAGUGUUUUUAACGAUCCGCUGCACACGGUCGGCGCCGACCUUUAACGAACAGCAACAAAAUGAAACAACUGAAACGACGAAGCUUUUGUGCUGUAACGUAUAACAAUAGUCAAACUGUCGCACGUCUGACCACGUGAAGUACCCAGGAUGCUUUUGUUG